GAAAAACCUUCCUAAAGGCCAUAAAAAGCCCAGAAAAAUCUUAUUUCUCAGAGUGACGUCACAGCUGUGUACGAGCACAGCAAAUCGCAGUCACGUGGCGUAUCUGGAACGGCGCUACUGUCAGGGAAGUGUACGAUGUGAAAACUUUAUGAGAAAUGUGAAUAACUACGACUGCGCAUGCUCAUGCUCUACACAACCCGGAAAUAAACGCGGAAGUCAGAAAACCUUAUUGGCGUAUGCGCUGGGUGAGCAACUCCAUAGGAAUGAAGGGAACCAGAGGGGCGGUGCGCUAUCCAGUUCUUAUAAUACAUCCAUGAUUUAAACACGAUUUAAUUGUAGGCCAUGUUGACAGUAAUUUAGUCAAUGUUGUCAAGACUUGUUUAUUCUGGCUAAAGCAAAACCUAACAACCUUUAUGUUGGUGCCUCCAAUUAUUGCAAAAUGCAGCCGCUCGCCUUUUAACGCAUCACUUUAAUCCUUUAUUAACUUUUAAUGUUUGUUUUUAAAGCCCUUAAUGGCCUUGCCCUCGGCCUACUUAACAGGCAUUUUAACUGUUCACAAGCAUGGCACCAGUUCCGUCUGCUUCCGUCAGGCAGGAGAUACCGGUCAGUCACUGCCCGCACCUGACAAACAGGAGUGUGCUGUGUGUACAUACCUUUUGUAUGUUCUAUUUGCACUUUAGGAUCUGCCUGAUUCAUAUUUGCACAUUCCAUUUUUAAGCUGCUGUCUAUUCAGUCUACCUCACUUGUGUAUAUGUUCUACACUUGAUUGCACUAUAGGGCCUGGUUACAUGUCCUUCCUGCAUUUCUUAGCUGACUGUUUAUUUAUUUAUUGGUAUGUGUGUGAAUCAGUAUCAGUGUGUGUGCGCGCGCUGCACUGUAUGUAAAUAUCACUUUGGGUUUUCUUCUUUUGGCAACAGGUUAUCUAUCCCUUGAAAACACUUUUUGGAGCGGUCUGUGAUGCCACUCGCGAUCGCCGGCACUGUCCCUAAAUACACCAGACUCCUCUGUUAAAUAUAGAGAUUUCCCUGGUAGUUGUUGGAGAUUAAUCCACAUUUUUAGGAUUGUGAAGUAGUUUUAAAUGAUCUACAGUUUGGCACUGUUUGGCUUGAUUUGUGCGUGGGACAUCUCUUCCGGUGACGGCACUCUGGCCAGUCAGUGGCCGGCGGUUUUACCAAUCAUCGCAUAGUUACCUACUCAGCACGCUUUUGGAACCUCGCUGGAGCAGGUACUAAAAAUAGCACCUGGUACCAGGUACUAUGCUAGUGGAAACGCUAUUUAAACCGUGGCGUGGCGAGGCAAGUAGAGCCGGUGGAAAUGCGCCAUAAGUGUAUGCAUGCACAGGGCUGGAUUGGUAAUCUGGCACAGGGUUCUCACCAGGACUUUUUCACAACACACAUAGGGGAUGACUUAGUGUGGCGCAGCCGCUAGGCAGGCGCGUGUAUUGUAUAAGGGUUUUUUGCCAUUUAGAACCCUCUGAAACACUAUUUCUUGCAUUUUGAGGGCCAAAUUUUGUGAAUUAAAGCUGAAGUUUCUGUAUCUUUGUUACAGCCUUACUUUAAAGCCAAAAGUUAUUUUUGAAUUCGAUUAAAAAAGGAAAAAACAGGAAAGCACCUCAGGGCUGGUAGACACACAUCCCCUCCAAGGCCGGCCGCUACUAAAGGCCUGAACAGCCGCCCAUUGGUUCAUUGACUAUACUGACACUUGACCGGCCCAAUCAAUUUCUCUCACGAGAAGUUCUCCUCCCUUGCCCUCCCUCUUCAGAGUUUCUCAUAGUUUGGAACAGAUGGAGGGAACGCUUUUGUAAAAUAGUCAAUAGAGAAAAUGGUUAAACCGAAGCACAAGGGAGGUGUAGAGAAAAUGAGGGCCAAAAAAACCCAGAAGCAAUCACAGGUGGAUGCCCAAAAGUGUUCUAGAAUAACAGACGUGUUUACUACAUUGUGCAGCAACAUCAGGAGGAAGGAGGAGAGGAGCAAGAACAUGACAGGGAGGACACUGAAGAAGAGGGACAGGGGCACUAUGACAGGGCCAAGGAGGGACAGAGUGAGGAUAAGCUGGAGGAGAGUGGAAUUGACGACAUGGCGACAGAAAACUAGAGCGGAGCCCAAACUCUCAACUCAAGUUGGUUGCGGGUUCAUCGCAGUUCACUGGCCGGGCAAACUGGUUGCCCGGACAACAUACAUGUUGACGCAGAGCCCUCCUUAGUCACCGUGAGGCGCCACUCGGCCGUUUCAUCAAUGCCUCAAUGGAAACCGUUGGUCAGUCGGUACCUGCGAUGGUCCAGUGCCGUCACGCAAGCCCUCAUCGUGUCUGCGGUCACAUUCUGCAUCGUCCUCCCUCUGUGCUGCCACCAGCUACUUUACUCCUACUUCUUCAUCAAGUCCAUGUACCUGGACUCCAUGAGCGAGGAGGUCCUGCAGGCGAGUCUCACCCGAGGUCACGAGGCGCUACACUUCUGGCAGAGCGCGACCACCGUAGCAACAGCGUCCUCCAGAACCACUGAGCGUCCUGAGCUGCUGGUCACUGUGGUGACAGUCCAGCGAAAGGAGGGACGGGACUUCCACUACCUGCUCCAGGUGAUGCGGCAGCUGAGGGACAUCGUGGAGGGUUGUGGGAAGCGGCGGUGCGCAGAGUUGCUGGUCUGUGACGUGGAACGCGGCCCCCAGGAAAACCAGGAUGCCAAGCUGCUGGAGGCCCACUUCAGGGUGAUUCGGCGCUCACCGCAGGAGCAGGAGCAGCAGAGCAACCAGCAAUGGCUCAACACCUUUGAGAAAGAGAAGAGGGAUUAUGUCUUCUGUCUGCGCAAGGGAUGGGAGCUGGUGAGGCCAAAGAACGUGGUCGUGUUGGAGGACGAUGCUUUUCCAAGACAAGAUUUCUUUGCAGUCGUGAAGGACCUUUUGUCACGUCGCUUUGCCCGUCAGAGUCUUUACGUCAAACUCUAUCACCCCGAACGGCUGCAGCGCUACUGGAAUCCAGAGCCUUACCGCAUCCUUGAGUGGGUGGGGCUUGGGCUGGUCGGAGCAACAGCCCUCCUCCUCACCUUCCCUUACUGGAACCCCCUCUCUUUCUCCUUCACGCUGUCACUCGGCCACCUCCUCUUCUUCACGCUUUACUUCAUGGCGGCCGCGGAGCUGCUGGGUCGGCACUACCUCCUAGAGGUGCGUAGACUUUCCCCGCAGCUUUAUGCCGUCUCCCCGGCCACCGAGUGCUGCACCCCGGCCAUGCUCUACCCUGGCAACGCCUCGCUCAGGGUCGCCCAGUAUCUGGACGGCUCAUUCUGCGUCAAAGGCAACGCCAAAGACAUGGUUCUGUAUCACAUGGCGAGGACGAUCCCCUGGGAAAGGUGUCACAGCGUGGAACCCAACCUCAUCACCCACAUCGGAGCCUUUUCCUCAGUCAGGUCCAAUCCACAGAGACCCAAACUCCUCUGACAGAAACAAGAAAAGCCAGAUCAGAUUGUUCUCUGCUGUGUCACCUUCUGCACUCUUUUUCAGUGAGUACUGGUUUGAUGAUUCACAUUAGAAACAUUUGGCUUCUAGGAUAAAAAGGAUACUUGGAAGUUUUUGAAGUGUGUGUGUAUGAGGUUCAUAGUCAGUGCUGACUGUGCUGUGAGCGCCCCCUGCAGAGAGAAUCAGACUGAUACACAAAUUCUUGGCAAGAUUUUAGUUUUUGUGACUAAAGGGGCAGGAAUAAAGGGUUUAAAAACACAUUAGUAAAUUUGUAAACCGCUCACUCUCCCACACCAAAGUCCAUAGAGAAAAUCAGUGAUUUUAACAUCACAGCACAGGAAUUGUUGAUCCACUGCUGCCUCCAUCACCAAGUUCAAAUGUUUUAUUUUGUGACUUUGGUGUUUGAAAUGGUUCGUUCAGAUUUAUCACGGUGACACAAAGUGACCACACGAGGCAGCAGUAGACCAGCAGCUCCUGUGUCCCUGCAAGCUAAAAUCACUGAUUUUCUCUAUGGACUGUUGGGAAAAGUCUAACGGUGAGAUAAAAAUUCUUGAGAUGUCAUAGACUUAAUCCGACGUAGUCUGCCAUGUUUUCACUGGUAGCAAGGGGGCGCGUACAGUGCCAAAAGUAUUCCUUUUGAAGUGUCUUUUUGGUGGAAUAGUUCCACACUGUGGCCUCGAGUAUAGAAACAUGGUUUAGCGUGAGAUCUGAUGUUUACAAAACAAGGAAGAAAUGUAAGAAAUGUGUUGUUUUUUAUGUUUAAAAACAAAAACGGACACGACUCGCACCACCAGAUGUCAUAUCAUCAAUGCUGGAAAACAAUAUGUGCAAUAAGUCACUCAAUUGUGGCAGAACGUGCGUGAGAUCAGACCAGAGUUCAUGUUGGUUGGGCACCCCCCGCUAUUAUGCUAGAAUAGGCCUGAUGGCUGUUUUGUAGUUUAGUUCUUUUCUCAACUGCGACAUUUACCAGUCAUGUUUUUGUACAUUUCGAGCAAUAUGAAGCCGUGACAUGUCUCCACAGACACGUGGGGAGUGGUCACCAUGGUAACCAUUGGAAGGAACAGUCUGACAUUUUAUGUAAAUAGACACGCUUGGUUGUCACUCUUUUUCCAAAAAUUCUCAUUUGAAUUUCUAAGACAUC